GCCCCCGGCAGCGAUAUGCAGCUUGCAGGCCACGGCAGCCCGUGGAGUGAAGCAAGUGUCGCCGACCCCCGGGCGAGUGGUACCGCGUCUACACGUAAACUAGAAAACUUGUCGGCCGAAUGGACCCUCCUUUCCUGUUGCGGAAACGGAGGCCCCGGAAAAGGAUGCCUUGCCCAAAGCCUCUUAUCAAAUGACACGGUAACUAUCCGGACCCGGAAGUUCAUGACCAACCGACUACUUCAAAGGAAACAAAUGGUCAUUGAUGUCCUUCAUCCCGGGAAAGCAACAGUACCCAAGACAGAAAUUCGGGAAAAACUCGCCAAAAUGUAUAAGACUACACCGGAUGUCAUUUUUGUAUUUGGAUUCAGAACCCAUUUUGGGGGUGGCAAGACAACUGGCUUCGGCAUGAUUUAUGAUUCUUUGGAUUAUGCGAAGAAAAAUGAACCCAAACAUAGACUUGCAAGACAUGGCCUGUAUGAGAAGAAAAAGACAUCAAGAAAGCAGCGGAAGGAACGCAAGAACAGAAUGAAGAAAGUCAGGGGCACUGCAAAGGCCAAUGUUGGUGCUGGCAAAAAGAAGAAAUGAAGUGUCUGGCAGUGAGCUGGAGAUCGGAGAACAGCCAAAGGAGUAAAGAUUUUGCAGUGCCUGUCUGCAGUGACUGCGGGUUUUUCACGAGAGGAUUAAUAAACUGUAAAAACUUC